AUGAAUUCGAUGCAGGCACCGCAACAGCUCAUUUCCGUUCCUAUGCGCAUGGUCUCCAAUGGGACGCCGAUGAGUGACGUUUUUCCCUCCAGUUAUUUUUUUGGCUUUGACUGGCACCAGGAAUACCGGUCUGAUUAUCCAAAUCACAGACCCCGGCUAUUACACACGGUGUCCUCACAACAAGCCGCUAUGGUGAAUGCACUGCAACCUGGAAAUACUGCUCUGAUAGUUGUACAAGGACCUAUUGGCCCAAUGGGUCUAAAUGCGUCCGGAAUGCAUCAGAGCAGUUCGGGAGAAAUGAGCGUGGGGGAGUAUCUAGUGUUUGGUAUGGAUGAAAAAGGAAAAGCGGAAACGGUUCCAUGCGGUACUGAUAGUCUUGACACGGCGGGCGAUGCACCGCCAGCGCUGGACAGAGGAGAAGCUGUAGGCGAUCCGUCGCCUCCACCGGUCUCGGAUGCUGCCAAGUCCUUGGACUCUCUCUUUGUCAGGAAAGCACUGGCUUUUCGCGCACGUUGUGAUGGUUGCGGAAAACCUUUGGUUCAUUAUAUGUAUGGAUUUACCACUGAGACUUACCAAAUUUCAGCUUCCACGAAAGAAAAGAACAAUUUGUCCAAAGCAAAACAAGCGACACUCACUCAGGCAGAUGCUGAGAAAAUGGAUGAGGGCAAAAGAAAGGUACCAGCCCGCACACGCCGGUCAGCCACUCACACAGAGGGUCGUGCAAAGAAGCCGAAUAAAGAAGAACCUGAAGGUACUCCUGAGCAUGUUGAGAAGCGCAAGCAGUUCAAGGCUGCUCCUACUCAUGAGAAUCCUAGCAACAGUUUUGACAACAUUCAUUUCCACGGGCUCUCCGGAAUUGUGAUAGUAGUACUCUUCUUUUUACAACCGAGACUUUAA